AUGAAUUUUUUAGAGGUGUGCACGCGGUUGUCUGCUGUUUGCUGUGAGCGUCUUCAACAAUCUGGAGGCUUAGCAGUUAUCAUACACUUGCUUCGCUCGUGCAAUCGAAGAGUUCCUCAUCAAGAAAUCAUAAAAUUUUCAACUGAUAUUUUAUUGAAUCUUUGCAAGUACAAGAAAACAGUAGAUUCUGUUUGGAGUGAGAAAGGCUCCAUGAUUAUUAUACUUGAUCUGAUGAAUAUUUAUCUAGAAAAAGGCUUGCCCAUCUUUACAAAGUGUACAACUCUUUUUUGGAUAUUUUGCCAAGACCCAGAAAAAGCUGAAAUGCUGAAGAAGAAUUCAGAAUUUAUUGAUCUAGUUAAAAGAUUCUACAAUUUGCUAUUGAAAAGGAAAUUGAAUGAAGAAAAGAAAAAAGGCUACAGCAGCAAGCUGUUCUCUGAGGUUGAAAAAAUUCUCCACUGUUGAUACUAGGGACAGCAUUGAACCUGAUUGGAUAUUGGGGCGAAGGAAAAUGAGGGAAUUUAAAGAUUCUUUCACUGCAAUAUCAGCUCUCAUGCAGUCUCUUGGAUUAACAACUUAAUCAUCAGAAGUUUACCAAUUUUUUU